AUGGGAGAUGGGGCGCUUGCCUUAGGCUACGAGCCCUACAACCUGUCAUCUCCUUCGCCAGCCCCCGACGGGGCGGCCACCGCCGCCCGGCUUUUGGUGCCCGCCUCUCCCGCCUCCUCACUGCUGACCUCGACGACACCAGCACCCGUGGCCCUGUCCCAGCAGUGGACGGCAGGUAUGGGCGUGCUUAUGGCCCUGAUCGUGCUGCUCAUUGUGGCGGGCAACGUACUGGUGAUAGUAGCCAUCGCCAAGACGCAGCGUCUGCAGACGCUCACUAACCUCUUCAUCAUCUCCCUGGCCAGCGCUGACCUGGUCAUGGGGCUGCUGGUGGUGCCUUUCGGGGCCACUAUCGUGGUGUGGGGACGCUGGGAGUACGGCUCCUUCUUCUGCGAGUUCUGGACGUCGGUGGACGUGCUGUGUGUCACAGCCAGUAUCGAGACGCUGUGUGUCAUCGCCCUGGACCGUUACAUCGCCAUCACGUCCCCGUUCCGCUACCAGAGCCUACUGACUCGGGCGCGGGCGCGGGCGCUCGUGUGCACUGUGUGGGCCAUUUCGGCGCUCGUGUCCUUCCUGCCCAUCCUCAUGCACUGGUGGCGGGCAGACGGCGACGAGGCGCUGCUCUGCUACAACGACCCCAAGUGCUGCGACUUUGUUACCAACCGGGCAUACGCCAUUGCCUCGUCCGUGGUCUCCUUCUACGUGCCGCUGUCUAUCAUGGCCUUCGUGUACCUGCGCGUCUUCCGCGAGGCCCAGAAGCAGGUGAAGAAAAUCGACCGCUGCGAGCGGCGCUUCUACAGCGGCCCCCGCCCGCCGCCCUCGCCCUCGCCGCCACCGCAGCCGCGGCCCCAUGCUCUUCACCAGCCACCCCCCACACCGGCACUACCGCCGUCGCGUGUGGUGCUGGCCAACGGGCGCCCCAGCAAGCGCCGACCGUCGCGCCUCGUGGCCCUCAAGGAGCAGAAGGCGCUCAAGACGCUGGGCAUCAUCAUGGGUGUGUUCACCCUCUGCUGGCUGCCCUUCUUCCUCGCUAAUGUGGUGAAGGUCUUCCACCGAGACCUGGUGCCCAAUCGCCUCUUCGUCUUCUUCAACUGGCUGGGCUAUGCCAACUCGGCUUUCAACCCCAUCAUCUAUUGCCGCAGCCCGGACUUCCGCAAGGCCUUCAAAAGGCUCCUGUGCUGUCCACGGCAGGCUGGGCGGCGGUUCCACGCCAGCGCUGGGGAGUUGUCGCGCGGGGGCUCCGGGGCCGUCACGGUGGGAGGUUGCGGCAGUUCGGCGGUAGGCUGUGGCACCCCGUCCCCCGGGGCCGCCUACGCGGAACAGGGAGAGCUGCUUCCCUCUUCCCCUCACUACCUGGAGCCCUGGGCCGGCUGCAACGGCGGGGCGACGGGGGACAGCGACUCCAGCCUGGAGGACAGGGACAGCAAAGACUCAUAUUCGGAAUCCAAGGUAUAGGACCAGCCGCUGGUGGGUGGGGGGCGGCGAUGGUGAAGGCGGGAGCCGGGCUUGUGUUUUAUUUUUAUUUUUUCGUGGGGGCGACCGGGCAUGUGGUUUCGAGGUUGGGGGCCAUCGGUGGGGAGUGGGGAUUUCCUCUCGCCCCAUCCCCACACCCCCAUCCAAGAAACUGGUUUGGAGAUUCAAGAGAAAGAAAACCUGAACAGCCCUGAACUGUCUUCACAGGGAAGAGAGGAUCUGUGUUUACU